AGAGUCAAGAGACGGAGACGAGGAGAGUCUCGGGGCCAAGAGCUCGGCAGUCGACGAUAACGAGUUCGGGGUCGGCAUCUUUGCAACCCUUCCUCGCGCCGGUGCCGGUAUGCGAGCCGAGCCCAAGAAGCUUAGGUCCCCGACCACUUCCCUCGCAAGCUUCACAUCCUACAUAUCCAAUAUCGGCUCAUACGUCGCUCAGAACUUGCCCGACAAAUUCGUUGCUGGCACUGCUCCGCGAGACUCUGCCGGUCACGACGACGUCGGUGAGACGAUCCUCUUUUCCAAGUUCGAAUGGGUUGACUGGAAUCUGCCGCUCCCGCAGCUGUCGCUGCCUGACCCUGAGCGACUGAUCUCUCCUGCAUGGUACAGCCGCAGACUUUGCCUGCUGCUCGGAUACGCCAGCGGUAUCCAGGUUUGGAGCCUGGGGGACCUUGAAAACAUUCGCGAGGUGUUUUCUGUCCGUGGCUACUACGAAAGCAUCCAAAACAUUGUUGCUCUUCCAAUGCCCGAGCGGUCGACCACCCUCUCGGAUAGCUUUGCUUCAGCUCGGCCGUUGAUUGCGGUUGUCGCCGAAGCAAAAGGCUCGUCGCGGUUCGAAGGACGCGCGGCGCAUUUCAUGUCGCUUGCAACAAACCAAGUCAUCUUUACGUUUCGCCAGCGAGAGCGUGAGAAAAUCAAGGAAGUCAAGGCCACGACUCGACAUGUUCUGAUUGGCACAAGCACCAGCAUCCAUGUUCUGAGCGCCCAUUCCUUGUCGACACUCGUCGUCAUCAACGACGUUUUUAUCAACCCCGCGACCGAGACACCCAGCUUUGAUAUCGGCGCUCGUUUCCUCGCCUACGCGUGUCAGGGGCCAAUCUCGACAAUUCCAAGAACAACCGCGAUCGUCGACGACCGCUCGGAAGGUGGGUCGGACGAUGAUGCCGUCGAGUCCAGCGUUGCCAUCAACGCUGAGAAGAUUGGUAAGGCCGCUGGCAAGGUUGCCAAGGAGCUGAUCGGUGGUGUCAAGGUUAUCGGUGGAUAUGGCUAUCAGGCACUCUCGAGCUACUUCUCGGGCACACAGCCCCGACCGACCCACAGCGGCUUAGAUGCAUCCGAGACCGAAGCCAGCAGCAGCGGUGCUCCGCGGGACAGCGAGAAGAAAUCGGACCAUCGACAGGGCUAUAUUGCAGUGCGAGAUUUGGGACUGCUCGGCAAGUCAGCCACGGAUGACUCGACGUUGCUGCCGCCGGCGGUGGCCUGCUGGAAGGCGCACGAGAACCCCGUCGCCAUAGUCAUGUUCACUCCAUCCCAAACCCGGCUCAUCACCGUGUCGACCCACGGCAACAACUGCUACAUCUGGGAGCUCCCCGGGCGCCCAAAGGCCGAUCGGUCCCCGCAUGUGCCGCACUGCAUCUACAAGCUCGAGCGCGGAUAUACCCAUGCUGUAGUCGAAGACAUCACCUGCAGUCUCGACGGCAAGUGGGUCGGUGUCAGCACUGCAAAGGGCACCACCCAUCUCUACGGCCUCGAAUCUUCCGAGCGCAAAGCCGAGGGUAGCUCCUCAUCACCCAGCGACGGUGCUCUGCCUGUAUACUCCCCGCCCGCCACGCAGGCUCGCACAACCACACCGCUCUAUCCCGCUGCCCGCAUCCGACAAGCUGCGCCUCUCGACAAGAAAGCCUCCCUCGAGACACUACCCCCACUGCCACCCAACCCAGCGAUCGACGGCUUUGGCCGGUCCGCCAGCUCGGCUUCCCAGACCAGUUUGGCAUCCCAAAAGGGUUUCUACCAGCAACAGCAGCCCGCAUCUCGGUCGUUUGUGGCCGAGACACCCCGCGGAUCAACGACGGGACGCAGUCUUCUGAUUGCCUGCUUCGGACUGGACGAAGAAAGUGUGUUCGCCAACUCUGCGCGCGAAAGCAAAGUCCGCGCCGAGUCCGGGCGACAUGCAGCGUCAAAGCCGAACGGAGCGGCGUCACACCCAUUCGAGCAGGCAUCGAGCACAGGGCGUCGGCGAUCGUGACACCGCCGAAGCCGGCGUCUGGGGAUCGAUUUUCACCAUCCAGUCUGCUGUCGACGGCCCUGCACGGAAUGUCGACCUCCAGCCGGUCACCCGGUAGC